CCAGUCUUCAUCAGCGCACCUGCGACAAGCUGUCGGCCGCCUUCGGUGACCCGCAACGCGGACGAACGCGCUCACCUUUUCGCGACCCUCCGCUGCGCCGACUUGGACAACAAUGCACCAGCGGCCCGUCUUCUUUGCCGGAUAAACAACCGCGUCGCAAGAGACGACGGACUGACGGAAAAACUGAGGAACGAACCCAAGCCGCAGCUACGGGUGCUUGUCGGCCGGGGCGAGGAAGCGAGGACCAGCGGAGCAGCGAGCGGCUCCGCGAGGUGUGUGACGAGAAUACGCGCCGGAUGUAAUUUGUCUGUGAUGAGCAUCGCUGUCAUCCACAAGAGACCAAAGCCUUUUUGCAAUGAAGACAUUUCCUCACUGUCAGCAGUCAGUGUUUGGUGUGUCCUCUGAAUGUCUGCUGAUAUCUCCCAAGGCCUCCCCUUGCUAUUCCCUCUGAGAGGACGAGGAAGUGAUGUCACGCCACCACCACCGCUUUGAACGCGACUACCGAGCACCCUGGGAGCGCCGCCUCCACAAUGGGGGGGCCAAUCAUAGCUGUGCCUCUGCCGUCAUCAACGGCAACAACCGCCCGGGGCUCCUCCCCCUCCCCGUCAUCCCGUCACUGCUCCCGACCCCGACAGCCGUCGUGGUGACGACAUCGGCCGGCGAGGUGGCGGUCAAGCGAGGCAUUGCGGCAGCCGGCUCUGUGGCCUCGGCGUCGACCAAGGUGUCUCCUGGGGACAACCAAAGCUCUGGCUUGCUACUCACCCCGGGCGUAAGGUGGGGACAGACGCCCAUCAACCAACUCACGCCCUGGGACACGGACGAGCCGCCUAGCAAGCAGCAUCGAGAUGGCGAGGCUACAGGUCCCUCCUGGGCGGCGCCGGUCAGCCAGCCCAGCCUCUUGCCCCACACGUACGCCCUCCCCCACCCGCCCUCUUACAACCACAGCGUGACGGCGCAGUCGCCCAUCAUCGGGGUGACGUCUGUGCCGCCGCCCCAUCAUCAGCACUCCCUCAUGACGGCCCACUUUCAGCUGACGCCACAGUCCACCCCGCAGCCGCCCGCUAUGGUGCUGAGCAUGCCCGGCCAGCCUCCCUACGCCACAGCUCCGACCAACCACGUAGUGCACCCCGGCCCUCACGGCAUGAUAGCCAACGGCCACUUGAGCGCCCACCACCCAGGCCUCAUUCAGCUCACCAACGGACAGGGGGCUGCCAGCCACGCCCCGGCCGCCGCUAACGCAUCGCCGGCCGCCGCCGACAAUCAGGAGGGUCCCAACGGGCUGCAAAUGCUGCGGACGGUCGGGAUGGGGAAGUACGAGUUCAGCGAUCCGGGACAUCCCAAAGAGAUGUUGAAGGAGCUCAACCAGCAGCGGCGAGCGAAAGAGUUUACAGACCUGAAAAUAAUUGUUGAAGGCAAAGAGUUUGACGUCCACCAAAAUGUUCUAGCUUCCUGCAGCUUGUAUUUCAAGGACCUGGUCAAAAGGUCGUCAGGGGAGACGCGCAACGGUGAGAUGCUGAAGUUGAGCAUGAGCAACAUCGGCGCUGACGUUCUGGAGCAGCUGCUGGAGUUUGUCUACACUGGCUCUCUGGUCAUCGAUUCGGCCAACGCCAAGACGCUGUUGGAAGCCGCCAACAAGUUCCAGUUCAACACUUUCUGCAAAGUUUGCGUCUCCUUCCUAGAGAAACAGCUGACGGCGGCAAACUGCUUGGGAGUCCUGGCCAUGGCCGAGGCCAUGGCUUGCACAGAGCUACACAACAUGGCCAAAGCCUUUGCACUGCAGAACUUCCCUGAGGUGGCGGGACAGGAGGAGAUCCUGAGCGUGUCCAAGGAGGACCUUGUGGCCUACCUGUCCAACGACAGCCUCAACACCAAAGCGGAGGAGCUGGUAUACGAGACGGUCAUCAAGUGGAUAAAACGGGACUCGGGCUCCAGAGUUCAGCACCUGUCCGAUCUGCUGGCGUCAGUGCGACUUCCCUUCAUCCACCCGUCCUACCUGCUCAACGUGGUGGACAACGAGGAGCUGAUCAAGUCUUCGGAGGCGUGCCGUGACCUGGUCAACGAGGCCAAGCGGUACCACAUGCUGCCACACGCGCGCCAGGAGAUGCAGACGCCGCGCACCAGACCGAGGCUCUCUGCAGGUGUGGCGGAGGUCAUCGUCCUGGUCGGCGGACGCCAAGCCAUCGGGAUGAACCAGCGCUCCCUGACGGCGGUCACCUGCUUCAACCCGCAGAACAGCAAGUGGUACCCGCUGGCUAGCUUGCCCUUCUACGACCGAGAGUUCUUCAGCGUCAUCUCGGCCGGUGACAACAUUUACCUGUCGGGUGGCACUGAGUCGGGGGUUAUGCUGUCUGACGUGUGGUGCUACAUGUCUCUGCUGGAUAACUGGAACUUGGUGUCCCGCAUGACGGUGGCCCGCUGCAGACACAACAGCCUGGUCUACGACGGCAAACUCUACGCCAUCGGAGGCCUGGGCGUCUCGGGCAACCUGGACCACGUGGAGAGGUACGACACCAUCACCAACCAGUGGGAGACAGUGUCUCCGCUGCCCAAGCCGGUGCACUCGGCGGCGGCCACGGUGUGCGGCGGCAAAGUGUACGUUUUCGGUGGCGUCAACGAGGCGGGGCGCUCGGCCGGCGUGCUGCAGUCCUACGUGCCACAGAGCGACGCCUGGAGCUUCAUCGAGUCGCCUAUGAUCGACAACAAGUACGCUCCGGCGGUGAGUCUGGGUGGCCUGGUGUACAUCCUGGGAGGAGCAUACGCGCGAGCCACCACCAUUUAUGACCCAGACAAAGGCAACAUCAAGGCGGGACCCAACAUGAAUCACUCCAGACAAUUCUGCAGUGCCGUGAUCCUGGAUGGAAAGAUCUACGCAACAGGGGGCAUCGUGAGCAGCGAAGGUCCUGCGCUGGGCAACAUGGAAACAUUUGAACCCUGCGCCAACACGUGGACGCUGUUGCAGUCGCUCCCCUGCCCGCUCUUCAGACACGGCUGCGUGGUCAUCAAGAAGUACAUCCAGAGCGGAUGAGUCCAGGCGGAACCCCAUCUGACCGUUGUGCAGUGCCAAAAACCACCAGCUGGGACUCUCCUCAUUGGAACCGGCCGCUCGUUCCCUUUCCUGUGUAAAAUGUCCUUCAUGUGCGACAGUUCAGCCAUGCCCAUUGUCCGUCAUCUCAUCCACAGGCGCCCUUUUAGUCAAACUCCACUCAUCUAUUUAUUUGACACGAGUGUUAUCUACAGGACGAGAGAGAAAGGACUUCCAAAGAGCAGAUCCAUGAGGACUCAGCCUCAUCCCGUUAUCGGAAAUAAUUCAUCCCAACCCCCUUCUGAGGAAAAAAAGCACAAUAAUCACCCGGAAGUGUUAUCAUAUUUCUCGGGGUGGGGGGGGGGGCUUCUAUACUUGGCAUCUCAUUUUAAAGCCAGCCAUUUGGUGUUGGAGGUGGACUUCUGUAAAUAACAGGAAGGAUAAAUAUGUAUAUUUUACAACCACAAGGUAAUUGUCUAUAAAUGUUUUUAGGGGGAAAAAAAACUAAAUUGAUAGGUUGAAUUCAAAGGAGAAGUUGUACGUCUGUAAAUCUGUAUCCAGAAAUGAACACUUGUUAUUACGAAAAGCUAAUACAUAUACCAAAAGAAA